GCAGUCCGUGAAGCGAUGGCGCAUUUCCAGGGCCAGCAGCACGGCCACCCGGCCACCCGCGUCGACGAGUACGGCAACCCUGUGACGGCCGGCCACGGCGUCACCGGGACCGAAGGCUUGGGGCACUUCCAGGGCCACGGCCAGCAGCACGGCCACCCCACCACCCGCCUCGACGAGUACGGCAACCCGGUGACCGCCGGCCACGGCGUUGGGCUGGGAUCCACCGGCACGGGAGUGCACGGCGCUGGGCACGGUGGGUACGGGUCUACCGGCACCGGCGCCCAGGUGGGAUACGGUGCCACUGGCACAGGCACCCACGACGCUGGGGGCUAUAGUGUGCAGUCAUCCUCCGAGGACGACGGGAUGGGCGGCAGGAGGAAGAAAGGCAUGAAGCAGAAGAUCAAGGAGAAGCUCCCCGGCGGUAACAAGGAGCAGACCACAGCCACCGGCGGCUACGGGCCAGGGUACACGGGGACCACCGGCACAGGUGGGCCAGGUUUUCAAAUGAAGACCUCCAUUUUGACAUUUUUGGAGUUACAAAGCCUAAUGGAGCCCAAACUUGGCUUACAAAGGGAUGGGGUCGGCCCUUACUUUGUUCCAAUCAAAUCAAGUCACGUAUGCGGGGGCACGGAUGGGCGCACAAAUAAGGAGCAGGGUGCCAGGAAGUACACGGGGAUGGUGGAGGACUGCUGCUGCGACUACGAGACGGUGGACGCCAUCAACGAGGAGGUGCUCAACCCGAUCCUACAGGACCUCGUCGCUCUGCCCUUCUUCAGGUACUUCAAGGUUAAGUUGUGGUGUGACUGCCCUUUUUGGCCUGAUGAUGGCAUGUGUCGGCUCAGGGACUGUAGUGUAUGCGAGUGCCCAGAUAAUGAAUUUCCCGAACCAUUCAAGAAGCCUUACAGUGGCCUUUCUCCUGAAAACAUGAUCUGUCAAGAAGGAAAACCAGAAGCCACGGUUGAUAGAACCCUCGACACCAAGGUUUUCAAAGGGUGGGUUGAAACCGAUAAUCCAUGGACAUCAGAUGAUGAGACGGAUAAUGCUGAGAUGACUUAUGUGAAUCUUCAACUUAAUCCUGAACGUUAUACUGGUUAUACUGGUGAUUCAGCUAGAAGGAUAUGGGACGCUAUCUACAAAGAAAAUUGCCCAAAAUAUCCUUCAGAAGAUAUGUGCCAGGAGAAGAAGGCACUUUACAAGCUAAUUUCAGGAUUGCACUCCUCAAUAUCUGUACAUAUUGCUUAUGAUUAUCUUCUUGAUGAAUCCGCUAACUUGUGGGGACAUAACCUUUCGUUGUUGCAUGACCGUGUUCUGAAGUACCCAGAGCGUGUCGAAAAUCUGUACUUCACAUACCUAUUUGUUCUUCGGGCAGUGACUAAGGCGGCAGAUUACCUUGAGCAGGCAGAGUACAACACUGGCAAUCCUGAAGAGGAUUUGAAAACACAAUCUUUAGUGAGGCAAUUGCUUUACAACCACAAGUUAAGAUCUGCAUGCCCAUUACCUUUUGAUGAAGCAAAACUCUGGCAAGGUGAAAAUGGCCCUGAGUUAAAGCAGGAGAUCCAGAAGCAGUUUAGAAAUAUCAGUGCAAUUAUGGACUGUGUUGGUUGUGAGAAGUGUCGAUUAUGGGGAAAGCUUCAAGUUCUUGGGCUUGGAACAGCGCUGAAGAUUCUUUUUUCUGUUGAUGGAGAGAACAAUUUGAAUCAACAGUUCCAGCUGCAGCGAAAUGAGGUCAUUGCACUGGUAAAUCUUCUGAAUAGGCUGUCAGAAUCUGUCAAGUUUGUACAUGAAACAGGAUCGUCCAGCCAGGAAAUCAUUAAACAACAGAGCUUUUCACCUUUGCAAAAGGGUGCUUCCUGAACAAAUGUGAAACCGUAUUCUGCAAAGAUGCAAGAGGGCAAGUUGUUUUUAUAACUCCUCUUCUCCAUACUGGGAAAGUGAUGUACAUGCAGGGAGCUGCUUCCUAGGGUUCUACAGAUCGUAGACAAAAGAUAUAUACUAGAAAACUUUGGAAGCCAAACAAAGACAAGUUUACCCCCUUUUUUCUUUCAGUUCUAGUGGGACAUAUCCCUUUCAAAUUUUGUAUGUAGUGUAGACUCCACCUCUUUUCUGUCGAACUUCCAGUUAGCAACAUUUUAUCUUUCCUCAGUUGACUGAUAAUACAUAUGAAUGCUGACAAGGUAAGGCCGUUUGUCAAUCCAAACGGUUGGUAUGUUUUGUCGACUUGAUUAUA